UUUUUCACGGUACUUGUAGUUUUUCAGGGUUUUUGUUUCUGUUACACAAAUCAGACACAAGUGGCGUUCUUGGUAAGAACCGUCGUAUGGAAGAUACUUACAAGGUGGUAUUCGGUUCGCCGCCCUGCUGAGGCCACCGGUUGCCGUAUUUGAUCCCAGUCGGGUUACGCCGCUUCGUCAGAUGGCGUUCUGCCUGGCUGAGCUUCACUUGUGGUCCGCCAAGAGCUCCCUCCAAGUCCAAGACACAGAUAUUGGCACAUAUCAGUACUACGAUAAAGCAGAGCCAGCCAAUCACCAGGAGCAUCACUAUUUCAAUGAGAAAGUCCACUUCACUGAAGCUCGAGGCUACUCGUGGACCCCCGCCAACCGCCGGCCGGAGAGGCUCCGCGAUUCGCUGAAGGAGCUGGAGGAACUGUUGCAGACCAACACCUGCGUUCACACCAGAUGGAGGAACACACGCUGUUGCCAGCUUCUGCUCAGCAGCGGCAUACUGGUGACCCUGACCCUCAGCGGACCCCAACUCGAGCAAGUGUGCAUCGACCGAGCGUUAGCGGGACGACUGCCCGGCGACACCGUGACCGAUGCGGUGUUUGGCGACAAGCUGCUGGUGUUGUCCUUCCUGAAGCAAAGCCAACUGGCCGUCGUCUACCUCAACAAGAAGAACCCGGAAUCUUCCACCGACGCCGGCAGGGACGCGGACAAGCUCUCGCCAUCUCGAAUCAAGGUGACGAGCGUGGAGGUUGCGGGGUGGGCGGAUCGAAUCCACCAAGGCGUUGCCGUCAACCGGCCGGAGGACGUGGCGCUGUGCUGGUGGAGGUCCGGCGAGCAGGCAGAGGAGCUUUGGCCCCGGACCCCCUUCAACGUGCACAGGAACAGCCUGGUCCUGCUCGGCUGCUUGCCCUCGGAGGGUCUCAAGGUCGUGAGCUCAAUGCAGACGGAAGAUGAUCUUCUGGUUUGCACUUUCAGCAAUCUUCAUCCCUACCAGCUGCUGACCGUGGAAGUGCCCGCGGGACCCCAAGCCUCCAGGGAGGCGUCCUGGGCUAAAUCCAGCGUGUACGAAUACGCCAAAGGUCGCCUGCACCGCCUGUCCGCCGCCCGCGUCCUUCUGCCCUCUCGCCCCAUCACCUGCUCACAUCACCCCAGCGAAAACCUCCUCCUACUGGGGCUCAGCGACUCCUCCCUGGUGCUCUACGACCAGCGUCGGGAGGUCUCCCUGCGGGCCCCCUGCCCCAUGCCACCCGCCAUCGCGGCCUGGCACCCGGCGGGCGCCUUGGUGGUGGCGGCGGGGGCGACCCAACAGGGCGAGCUGAUGUUCUUGGACGUGGGCCUGGCGCCCGUCGAGGUGGCGCUGGUGGCCGAGGAUGCGACCCCCACCGCCACGCUCGAGCUGGGCCGGCACGUACGCUGCCCCGGACCCCUGCGGAGACUGCAGUGGGCCGCGGGCCCAGAAGGAGGCGCCGAUGACCCGGAUACGAUAAUGCUCGUUUUCCACGGGGGGCUGUUAGCAGUCUUGAAAUUACAACUGGGAGCGGCGAGCGGGUUCCGGCUGGAUCGGGUGCAGCUCCUCCGGCAGCGUCUGCGCGCCGGUCAGGUGCGGGAGGCGCUGGGCGUGCUGGAGGCCGCGGACUGGAGCGCCGCCGCCGAGCAGUGCUGGCAAGGCCUGAGCGCCGUCGCCAACCACCUGCUGAGGCUGCCCCUGGACGCCCGCACCGAGGAGCAACUCGAAGCCGCGUUGGCGACGUUUUACGCCCCCCCUGCGCCUCUUCCCGAUAACGUCACGGCGGACUACAAGGAGGCGGUCCACAAAUACGCCAGACGCUUCUUCCACCAUCUUCUCAGACAUGAGCGCUUGGAGAAGGCCUUCCUGCUCGCCGUUGAUCUCCAAGAUAAAGAUCUUUUCAUGGACCUCCAUUACGUGGCCGGCGAUAAGGGCGAGCUGGUGCUGGCGGAGGUGGCCAAGGCGAAGGCCCGCCAAGUGGCGGCGGCGCGCGACGGGCAAGAAAUAAACGCUGCGAUUAACCGGAAAGACGUUGAAGGAAGCAAGGAAGAUGAACGAGGUCGCCCCAGUGUAAAUGCUGCUGUUUUUUUUGUUUUUGUUUUUUUUUUUUUUGCCGUGCAAGUUUUUCACCUCGGGGCCCCUCGACCACGUGACACGCCCACUCGGCCACCACUGACCAAUCGGUGCACUUCGGAGCACUUGCAAGCCGCAGCGAUGGCGCGACGUCAGGCCCGACCGAGGCUCCCGUGGGGUCUUCAACUUCUCAUCCCAAUCGUGUCGUCCCGCAGCAAACUCGUCCAGCUGAGCCUUCGGGGUCCUCGUCAUCAGGGAAGUGAACGCAACAUACAGGAGACGUGUUAUGCAUUUGUUUCCAUUUUUAAAAGUGUCAUAUUCCAUGUUGACAUCACUGCUGGAGGCAAUAUUUCAUCACCAAAAUCCGCUUUUGAAUUCACGUAACGGUGACGUGGCCGAGGACAAAUGGCGCACACCCGCGCGUCGACAACCAUAUUUCAACUGUUAUUGUGUUGAAGCGUAUGCUAACGCGGUUGCCGUGUUGACAACGCAGCUCUGCUUACCUGUUAGCACAGUCGUACUUCGGCCGCAGUGUCACGUUAAUUCCUUCACACUGAAACUUCAGCCAGGUGGAGAAACUUUUUUUUUUUGUGCUUAUUAUGACAACGAGGUGAAGUGGCAGUAAAACAGGCCAAAAUUCAGAUGUUACCAAUAAUAAAUUGUGGUACGCCGUUGGAAGUUUUCAAGCUGGAUGUUCUCAGAUACAAGUAGCCAAUGGAGUUAGAGUGUGAUCGGCAGGUUGCAACAGAGAUACUGGAAGAGUCACAGAAAGGCGGAGAUGGAGGUGAUUAAACAACUUGUUCCAGAACAGCAAAUUGUGCGGAAAGUACUGAAACCGUGAACGUCUGGACACUCAAAUGUCAAAUGACGUUCACCCGUAGAGGUUAGAAUGUGUUUUCGGUUCACCCCAUUUUAUCAUCCCAAAGUUUAUUAAUUUUAUACAUGACGUUAACGAGCCAAUUUUCCAUACUAUGUCUCCUCUCAAGAAAACACCCUUUAAAACGUUGCAUUAACGAUGAAACGUACGACGUUUCCAUCGGCGAUAUCGAAGGUUCCUCCAGGUGCGCGUGUGGAUGAGAUUAAGGCCGGCAGUUUUAUUCAUGAACGGCAGCCGAGCGGCGACGUCGAAGCGUGGCACCUUUCCUGCGCAUCCGCCAUGCCGGUGUCAGAGCUGUCGACGCGGCGCGCUCGCCCGCCUAAUCUGACAGCGCCUAAUCCCUCACUGUAUCCUAAUCUAUUUACUUUGCAUUCUAAGAGGAUUUACAAUCUACCCCCCCCCCCCACCACCACCACCACCAAAAAAAAAACAUAUACAAGGAGCCGUGGUUGGAAAUGGACAGAAGAUCAGCGAGGAUGCUUUUCUUUUCUUUUUUGUGUGUUGUUGUUUGUUUUGUGGCAAAAAAAAGGAGGGAGGAAAAAAAAUCACGGCGCGUUUUCCGCCAAGUCAAUCCGCCGCAUGAAAGGAUUCCAUUUUGGUGACUGAUACUAAUGCUUCUCUUAUGUACGCAUCCAGCACGCCGUCUUUGGCCUGUCACGCUGCCUUCGCGCGGCGUCGUGUCCUGAUUGUUUGACCUGACAGCUGCAAAAAUUGCUUAACAGCCUCGGCUGCGCUCUGCGGAGGCCACACGCAGCAGAGUUUUUGGAAUCUAUCCCCUCCUCCCAUUAAAAAAAAAAAAAAAAUGUCUCCACCCACUUGAACGGCACUCAAAAGACCGAAUGUUUUUUUUUUCCGAUCGUACUCACUGAUUUAAAAAAAAAAAAAAAAAAGACUGGAUGGCUCAUCAGCCACCAAAACUGAAGUCGCCAUCCGCCAUCUUGAUACUCCCAAAACAAACAUGCCGACCUGUGCGUUAAUCGCCAGUUUCACAGCUGUGAGGAAACAUUCCACAGGUAAAAUGUACAUUGACCCUGUUAAAGUUUUUUUUUUUUUAAUCUUCUGAUGUGCUUAAUUCACUUGAACAAAGUUCUGUUUAGGGUUGUUGUUCACUGUUCACUCUCUGCUUCACUUUUAUAGGCCAACGGUUUUUCGCGAAAAAAGCGAUGUCAAUAUUUUCCCAAACUUCAUCAGUGGAUAAGCAAGGAAACACAUUUUCUGCAAAGUUUUUGAUGAAUUUCAUAAUAUAGAACUCUGCAAAUUGAAUUUGAUUUUCAAAUGCGAGGAAUGCCAUAACCCAACCUGUAUUCCAAGUCCUCCACACGCUUUGGGAGUACCGAGAUU